AUGAGGCACCCCACCACCCAGAGGUACCUGUCACCUUACUACCAGAGUACCUACCACUUCAACUACUCCAGAGGCACUCUACCACUCAAUAUUCUACCACCAGAGGCACUCAUCACCUAUUCCCCCAGAUACCUAGACACACGUCACUCACCACCAGAGGUACUACCAUCCACAGGUGUACUGCUGGCCACCCACGAGGCACCCACUCACCUCACCACCAGAGACGCAAUACCUGCCACCACCACUCAGAGGGCACCCUACCUACCACCAGAGGCACUCCACUACCUCAGCCCAGAGUGCACCCCCACCCGACCACCAGAGGCACUUCAUUUCAGCUCAGAGGCACUCUACCACCCACCACCAGAAGCACCACCCCCCAAACACCCCACUACAUACUCAGAGGUACCUACUACCCAGCCCAGAGUACUCUACUACAAGCCUUUCACCCCAGAGGCACUCCACCACCAGAGAGGCACUCACUCACCACCAGAGGCACCUCACUACUCAGAGAAGUACCUACCACCAGAGGCACUUAACUACUCUCACCUCCGAGAGUACUCUUCCGGAGGUACCUCUAGCACUUCACCACCAGAGGUGCUCCACCACUCAGAGGUACCUCUACCACUCAGAAGGUACCCCCAUUACUGCAUCAGCUUAGAGGGACGUACUCUUACCGCUCAGAGGCACUCUCACUACCUAGAGGUACACACUACACCAGAGGCAACUACUACCAGAGUUACCUCCAGCCUAGAGCUCCUACCACCAGAAUCAGGGCUCAGAGGCACCUUACUACCCCUUCACCGCAGGCACCCUCCCCAGAGGCACCCCCACCCCAGAGACCCCAAUACCUACCACCAGAGGCACCUUACCACCACCACCGACCCACCUCCUAGUUACCCCCAGAGCACACAAUACAAUGGAAUACUCUACUACUCCCACCACCAGAGGCACUCAUAA